AUGGUAUUGUUGCCAAGGGCUUAUGAGUUUGGCACUCACAAAGAUGACGGCUUCAGCGAGAAGAGAGUUGUCCAGCCUACGCGGUGUCUUUUGAUCAAGACAUGUCUCGAUAUGAUCUCGAUAUUCAGGCCGGAUCAAGACCAUGGUUGUCCGCGAGGAUUCUUGGAGGUUACAUGA